UCUAAUAUCUGGAUUCUGGAACAAGAAAAAUCUGCCAAACUUCAUUGUGUUUUGUCAUUUUUUUACUAUUUUCACCCUGAUUUUUGCAUGAGUACAAUUUUUACAAUGACUCCUCAACAAGGAAGACUGUCGUUAUUGCGCAACCUUCAGGAAGCGCAUAAAAAGGAUAUAAAAACCUACGUGAGUGGCCACCUCAACCAAAAUAAAUUGUACAAAUAUGAGGAGAAAAAUGGUCACGAAACAUGGGCCACUUCUCUCGGUGCUCCAGUGAGGAUGAAACCUGCCAGUCAACCAGUACAUCUUCCAACAAGAAAAGGACAAUUAACACGAGAACAACAGAAACAAAAGGAUAUGAAUGAUACAGUGAAGGAAUUUAGUUUUGGUGCUUUAGGUCGUUAUAGCUCUCAAGCAACAAGCAGAAAUAAAACCCAAGAGUCAGUUGCUGUUGGUAGAUGUCUGUCCCCGGAGUCCACACUUAAUGUGAAAGAACAAACUGAAACCGAACUUGAGAAAUCCUGUCUGGUGGAGGAAUUGAAACUUCCUGAGAUAAUGUUUCAUGUAUCAGACAAUGCUGGGUCGCAGAAAGAUAAUUUAAAAAGGAGCAAAGACCAAAGCUCUGACCUCUACUUCAAGAAACGCGAUUUUGUCAAAACUCAUCUUGGUCAUGUGACAAAAAGCGACCAAUACGAAGCAAUGAGAGGUUUCGAAAAAAAUGUCAUGAAUCUAGCUGACGCGAGCGAUAAAGGUUUACUUACUGGAGAUCGCAUUGUUCGUAAGCUAAGAAAACGGUUAAAUAAGAAUCUUCAAGUGGUAAGCGCUUCGUCUUCAAAGCGUGGCCCAAAUUUUCACCGUCUUCAAGCUCACAGAGAUUGUUUCGAUGAAGUUAUAGAAAAUUCAACUACUUUUUCCCGUCUUUUAAGACUCAUCAAGGACGAAUACGAUAGCUAUUUGGCGUAUACCUUAGAGCAAAACAGGGUAUCGAAGCACAAAGCGUUAUAUUCUCAAAUACCGUCAAUAACAAAAGCGAAGUCGGUCGCAGAGGCUGUUAAACUUCAACAAAUCCGACUUGAAAACCUCGAGAAUGAAGUCAGAUCGCUGCUGAAGGAGAACGACAGAUUAAGGGCCGAGGCCCGUCAGCAGACAGAAUUAGAAGUUCCCGUGACGGCUCAGUCUCUACAUGGUUCAGAAAACAGCGGCAUGCAAACUCGGGUUCACGUGGAAGCGGUUGCGAAGGAUCUUCAGGAACAAGUGGAAGAUUUACAUUCCCUGAUCGCAAGUGAACUCGAAGCUCUCAAUGAAAUGAGAAAAUACCAACGCGAGAACUGUGUCCCCUCUUCUGUUUGUCAGCAUUUUGAACAGUGUAUCAAAGAGACUGAGGUUGACAUUCAAAAGAUGUUAAAACAAAAUGAAUUUUUGGAACAAAGUAUCGGGGAAUUGGAAGAAGAGUUAGAAUCGAUUUUAUCUCAACACGGUGUAACAGAAAAGGACUCCAAGAGACUUUGGAAUAAAGUUAAUCUAUCGAAAGUUCUUGAAUACGGCCGAAGAGUGCAGAAAUAACGUGUCUAGAAUUGUUAGAAUUGAAAAUAUUAGCCUUAUAGAAAUAUAUGGAAUGGAUGAGCAUAUCGUGUCUUUUCGGCCACGUAGUGUGUUUACGUGUUUACAAAACGUGUCACAGAAUGCCAGAAACAUCAAUUUCCAACCCAUGUUUAUAAACCCUGAAUAUGCUGGGUUCAAUCAACCUUGCUCCCAGGGUGUUACAUCAGAUUCGAAAAUUUGCAACUUCGUACAAACAGCUUCUGUUCAAAUGAACAAAAGCAUCUUUUUUAACCAUAUAAAAACAAAA